AUUGUGAUGUAGUACAUUGUCUCUUGGUGUGUUGUGCCUCAACACCAUGUUGAGCAACCGGCGAUGCUCGCACUUAUCUUGACAACCUCAAAUUGACAAGACAAUUUGGAGACCCGAUCAAUUUCCAUGAUGCCAAUGUUUGCCUCAAUCCUUUUAAGCCCUUAAGAGUGGCUUUUGUUCCAAGGGAAAGGAGAAACGGCAAAGCCCGCCAACUCGUCUCUCUCUCGAAGUAAAAUGGCCUCGUCUUGUCAGUUCGGUGACUUCUCCUCUCGGCACCCAAUAAUCCCUGCAGUCGAUCCGCCAGCGUCCCUUCAGAGCAAGGCGCAGCUUGUCGUAUUCCCUCUACAGGGGAUGGAAGAACGGCACAGCAAAGAGAUUACGAGCUUUGCCAACCAAUCAAAGCUCUUGUUUCUUGAACUAACCCAUUCGCUUCUACCGCAAUCUCCUACAGCAUGGGUCGUUUAGAGGUCAUAGGACAACAAUUCCAAAGGAUUUGGCGAACGCUAAAGAUCAUACGUUACAACUGGCUCACUCGUCGAGUCAGUCACCGGGUAAUUCUGUCAAGACCCCUGUGAGAUUUUCGUUUAAAGCACGGCCAUCCUCCACGUCAGAAUCUCUCAUGUCAAAUCACUCGUUAAACUUGUCACUCGUUAAAAAGAUCCACUCGUUACGAACUUUCAAAAUGGUCAAAUCAACUCUUUUGGCUGCUAUUCCCCUGCUGAUGCUCGCGGAGCAAGCCCUUGGAUUCGGCUGUUCAACACACAGCUACACAACAUGCGAAGAUAAAAUAGUUCAUUGGUUCGAUCCCGACGACGGCAUGAUUUGCGAUCCUCUCGACUGCGGCGGCGGUCGAGCACCCCCAAAGACUGACGUGCCUGGAUGUGCCGGAUAUACCGGCACUGAAACCGUCGGAACCUCGUAUCUCUCGUGCUGGAAACCUUCGACUACACUUGUGGCUGCAGCUGCGGAGACGACAUCGGAAACAACUGUGACGGAAACGCCUGAGCCUAGUACUGUGGUUAAGGUUGAGACGAGGACUACGACGAGGCAUUUCGUAUCUGAAUCGGCAGAACCGCUUGAAUCGAUUAGAGUCACGGCGGCGGCUGGAUCAACUACUGUGGCGCCUGUUCUGCCAUCUGGCACCAAAUCGAGCGAGGAGGCUGCCGCUUCUACGCCUUCUGCUGCGGCUACUACUGCCGCGCCCAAUGCGGCUCGAGUUAUGGAGGGAUCUCUUAUUGCCGCUGCUGGUGUUGCGCUUGGAGCGAUCGUGCUUCUUUGAUCCGCUCUUAGCAUUUAAUUAUGACAGAAACAUAUUGCUGGACGAUACGACUCACAUCACGAAGUCAAGCUUUUAAUGAUGCCAGCUCUUUGGCAUGAAUAAUAUUUAAUUUUCUUUCCCCAAAAGCUUAACUCUUUCUUUUCUGAUCAGGGUUCAUACUCAUUGCCAGCUUUAGAGGCUUGACGACCAAGAGCUUCAGCUUGAUGCCAAUAAGCAACUGCCAAUGGACCCAAAAACUGCCUUACAAUGUACCAUCAGCACCUCGAGCUUUCCAUCUUCAUCAGACUUUUCAACUUUGUCCUGCCGAUUCGGUUCAGAUAGGUGUCUAAGCAGCGUCUCGUGUAAUGCCUUCAUCAGUUGAGCCUGAUCCAUCCACUUUAUGCGAGCAUAAUCCUGCUGAUAUUCCGUGAGCAAUACCUCAAUCUCGUUUCGUUGGGCCUGCAAAGCACUCGUAGUCGCCCACUACAUAAGUGAUUAGUAAUUUGAAAAAUGAAGGAGAUUUUGCAAGCCGGAAAAUGACUGACUGUAGCUACUAGGCAUGGUGGGAUAUAGUUGGCACCAAGAGGUCUGUAUUGGGAUACCCCUUUGGCAAGGGCGAUAAGUUCGUUCGCCAGCGUCGAUGCCUCCAAGAGUAAGACGCUAUCAUCUGGAUACGUUGCUCGAAGUAUGCUGUUCAAAGCUAGUGCUACCGUGAGAAGAAUCGCUUCCGUGACUUGGAGCCUGUGGAUAAGCUUUUGUCGACAGUACAAGUCUCCAGAAGAAGACUUCUGUGUUCUUACGCUCUCGAGAUGGUGCAGUAUUCUGGCAUGAUCGUCCUGCAGCUCUUGAUAUGUGAUUUUGAUUUCAUCCAUAUAACACAGAGGUUCGUGCAUAAAUCUCGGGAUCCUGAGUAGUCGCUCUACUUGAAAGUAUCGAGAAAGAGCAUCUUGAUUACUAUUGUAUUCGUUUUGGCGUGAUUGUGAGCGCAGGCGACUGACAUAAUGUUCCAACUCGAUGCGUGGAUCAACAAGAGCCUCGAAAAAUAGAGCAACUAAUGAGGUCUCUAGUAACUGGAGCUCAAAAGUGAUACUCCAGCCUUUUUCUGUUACGGUGCCCAUGAAUCGUGUAAGGACUUGCUUGUCGUGGCUCUUCAACCCACCAUCCGUUUGUCCCAGCCAGCUCUUCGAAUCUAUCAGUGCAUGCUCUAUUCUCAAGAUUGUACUAACCUGGCAUAUCAUAAUGAUGUGAAAGGCUGCAACGUCUUCUGGACUGAGCUUUGUGCCUGUUUCGUCUUGUGGAUCUCUCAAUACUUUCAAACCGCUGCUAUACUUGGCUAGAACCUGAGAUGGAAUUUCAAAUGAGUAAUGAUAAGGAAAUAAACUCAUCAUCAAAUCAACUGAAACAUCGAGAGCAUGGCUAUGACCAAGCCUGCGCGGAAUAUGCUCUAGAAAAUAUCCAUAACAGCUGAGGCCAUAUCGUAGGUCUGUUGUUUCCAGAGCCGCAACAAGUUUGGCUUGCAGAAGAGUUAGUGGGCUUUGAGGCUUAUGUAACAUUGAUACCUGGGAGGACGUCUGCUGCUUUCGUGGCUUCGAGAAGCUGGUCUUAAAUGGCUUGGUGAAUGAUACGGGCUUGAAGACAUAUUUUUGUUCGCCCGAGCCGACACAGGGAAUUCCAAGUCGAGCACAUCUUGAACAAGCUGGCCUGACUUGGUCACACUGGCUUACACAAGAGUUACAGCCUCGGCUUCUCGGAACGCCAGGCAUAAUAACGAUCAAAGAAACUUAUCUUCUAAUUCAACUGGAAUGGUUUUGCCAUCAUGUAAGUGAAUUUUCAUGUCUUUUAUGAUAUUAUGCGCCUGGCUUGUGAGGCGACAUGAUCCCCACCACAAAUGAGACAGCGCUGGGUAAGACCACCUUGGGAAUAGUGGCAUGUCCUGGCGCAGAUCGCGUGGUGCGUCAUAACAGCGAUUUGGGUAAUUCCCGCCGACCACGACCCUGGAUUUUCAAUAGUCUGAUAGCCGAGACCUUUAAUCCCGGAGUAUGAUGUUUAAUAUUGCAUAAUAGGCCGAUCUGGAUCUGCUAUCUGAUGGUGGAGAGGGCAAAUGUGAGAUUAAAGCCGGAAUUCGGGGGAUACAGAUGACUAUAUCCACCUAUAUCCAUCUCUGGUAUCUUUUUUCUUGACCCGUUUUGAUUAUCGAUUAUGUGAGACUGCUGAUCGGCUCUAUACCUAGCAGUUUCUGGGACAGAUCCUCAUUACCGAUCUUCGAGAUCUCCAACUGGCGACACAGGGAAACAGGGCUUACUGUAUCGUUCAUUACAUCUUUGAAGAUUAUUCUUUACAGGAAGAUCAGGUGAUCAAGCUCUAGCCGCUAAAAAUGUGAUACCAGGUCGAACAGCACGACAGCGAACAUUCAGUCCUUGGAAGUUGGGUCAUUUUCCACAAAGACAAUAAGAUGAACAAAACAAAGGGCAUUUCUAAUAGCAGCUCGUUAUUGAAUAAAAUUUACUAUAGAAAUAUGUCGAAUGCUAAUUGAAGGAAUAACACCAUGAGCUGCCAGACUCGAAAGGAGGC